AUGACAUACACCAAACAGAGGCCUAGAGUCUUCUCUCAACAGGAUUUUCAACUCACCUCCGAGAGCUUCUUUCAUCAGAUCCUGGGAGAGGAUGGUCAGUCCUUGUGGACCAUGUUCUCCACCUCUGUUGUCGAUGUGGCUGCUCAUAUCUGUGGUCAUGAGGCUGAAGGAGUCCAGUCAAGCCUGAUGUUUAUUGACAGGCCAAGCUUGAGCACUUGCAGAGGCAAAAGUCAGGGCUGGGAGGGGUUCAGGGAGGUCAUGAAAGAGGACUAUCGCUCUGUUUUAAUGAAGUCAAAUGAAUCCUUUAUUAUUCUGGACGGUUUUAUGGACUUGGAAAAAUACCGAGCACUGUAUUUUAUCAUCAUGUUUACAGCUUAUGUCCUCAUCCUCUGCAGUAACUGCACUAUUAUCUGUCUCAUUUGGAUCCACAAAGACCUGCAUGAACCAAUGUACUUCUUCAUUGCUGCUUUGUUACUGAACUCUGUUCUUUUCACCACGGCUCUUUACCCCAAAAUACUGACAGAUAUUUUAUCUGAGAAGCAGGUUGUUUCUUAUUCCACUUGUCUUUUCCAGUGGUUCACAUUUUAUGCGAUUGGAGGUGCUGAAUUCUGGUUACUGAUGAUGAUGGCCUAUGAUAGAUAUAUGGCUAUUUGUAAACCUCUGCAAUAUCCAACUGUAAUGAACAAAUCCAAGGUGAAUAUGUUGUUAGCAGUAGCUUGGAUUGUACCAGCUUCUCAACUUGCAGUAGCUGUUACGGCUGCAAGUCAAAGAAAACUUUGCUAUUUUAUUUUCCGGGGCAUCAUUUGUAACAGUAUGAUUCAUAAACUUCACUGUGUUCAAUCAGUUGAAUUAAACAUAUGGGGCUUAUUUGGCUUGAUAAAUGUCACUUUUGUCCCAUUAAUCUUUAACUGUUUUACUUAUACCAGGAUAUUUAUAAUUACCACCAAAAGAGGCCCAGAGGUGAGGAGGAAAGCACUGCAGACUUGUUUGCCUCACAUAGUGGUUUUAUUAAACUUUUGUCUGCUGGGGACAUUUGAUACAUUAUUGGUUCGAUUCAACAUUGAAUUUCCCAGAAUAGUGAGUUUUUUCAUGAGUUUUCAGCUCAUUUUGUAUCAGCCUCUCUUUAAUCCGAUCAUCUAUGGACUAAAAAUGAAAAAAAUAUCAACUCAUUUGAAAAGACUGUACUGUAACCGAUACGAUUCAAAUUAA